UGUAAGUCACCCAAGCAAGAAGAUUAAGGUUUAAUAAGUCCUCAAUUUUUUUAACGUACCUAGUUGGUUAUUAUUAUUAUAAACGGUCAUACGAUAGUUGCGAACUGCGAAGUUCAGCCGCGUGUGGUGUGUCAUCAGCCAUUACCAUUUAUCGGCGGAAAAUGCGAUACAUCAAAAACUCCGCGAAGUGGUGCGAAGAAGAUUUAUCCGCGCCCAGUUCUGUGCAAUCCGUCGACAGUAAUUACGAAAUCUUUGGAAGUGCGUGUUCGGAUUCCUCAGACUGUGAACGAGUGAAGAAUAAAAAGAGCAGAAGCAAGAGGAGCAGACCAGAAGUAGAUUCCUCGUUUGGAAGCAUCCAGAGCUUCAAAACCGCAAUGGAGCGAGUUGAGUCAGCCCCUCUGCUGGGCGCGGCUACUCCACUCACCUAUAAGUCUUUACACAAUGGCGAUUCCAUGGACCCAGGAGACACCCCGGAGAGGCCAAUAAUCACCUCGUACAAACUCUUCGAAAAGUCAACCAAGCCUGAAAGGAAAAAACAAAGUUCAUUAGUCACUAUUUUCUCAGUAUGGAACACCAUAAUGGGAUCAUCUCUUCUGACCAUGGCGUGGGGUGUGGAGCGCGCUGGUCUGCCGAUUGCGCUGCUGUUAGUGGCGGUGAUGGCAGCCCUAUGUCUUUACACAGCUUACCUGCUACUACGAGUGAAUGCACAUCACGGCAGUGAUACGUGCGAGGUGCCCGCGCUGUGCCGUUCGCUGCUGGGCCGCUGGGCGGAGCUGGUGGCGCACACCUUCAGCCUGCUAGUGCUGCUGGGCGCCAACGUGGUCUACUGGAUCCUCAUCACCAACUUCCUGUACUUUACCGUCAACUACUUCAUGGAUUUGAACUCUUCGAAUGGAACUGUGUACAACACGACCGUCCUCUGCCCCUCCAAGGACGGACUGAAUGGAUCGCUCAUCAUCCCGGUGGACGUACACCCCUCCCCAUACUGGGGUCUACAUUCCACCGUACCGGUGUACGUCGCGCUCAUAGUGUUCCCGCUGCUCAAUUUUAGGAACGUCUCCUUCUUCACCAAGUUCAACUCUUUGGGCACGCUGUCGGCAGUAUACCUAGUCGCGUUCGUGGUAGUGAAGGGCGCGGCGUGGGGCCCGCACUGGGAGGGCGCGGGGUCGGACGCGGGCGCGGGGGGCGGGGCGGGCGCGCUGGCCGGCAUGCUGGCGCUCUCCUUCUACAUACACAACAUCAUCAUCACCAUUAUGGGCAACAACGCGAGGCAGGACAGGAAUGGACGAGAUUUGACAAUAGCCUUUGUGUUGGUGACUCUGACUUACGUGCUAGUGGGAGCUGGGUUCUACAUCUGCUUCCCUCUUGCCAAGUCCUGUAUUGAAGAUAAUAUAUUGAACAAUUUCGAAAUGCACGACGUGAUGACGGCAGUUGCAAGAAUACUUUUAUUAUUUCAAGUGAUAACAGUAUACCCCCUUGUGGCAUUCAUGCUGCGAUCUGAGGCGAUACUGUUACUGGACGCGGGCUCCUCUCGCAGCGUCACCGUCUGCAUCAACCUGGUCAUCAUCACCGUGUGCAUACUGGUCGCCUGCUUCUGUCCCAGCAUAGGGACCAUCAUAAGAUACACAGGAGCGGUGAGCGGGUUAGUGCACGUAUUCGCACUGCCAUCUCUACUGCAGAUGCGGUCGUUACAGCUGCGCGGGCGCCUCACGUGGCUACAGGCUGUAUUCCACGCGCUUAUAGUCGUGUUUGGUGCUGUCAAUUUAGUGAUGCAAUUCUUUAUAAAAGAAUAAGAAUAGUACUCUAGAAUCUGAUAUAUAAACUGUUGGCACUGCCAUUAAUAUUGCAAAUGCGGUCGUUACAGCUGCGCGGGAGACUCACCUGGCUACAGGCUGUAUUCCGAACGCUUAAAGUCGUGUUUGGUGCUGUCAAUUUAGUGAUGCAAUUCUUUAUAAAAGAAUAAGAAUAGUACUCUAGAAUCUGAUAUGUAAACGUGUUCACACUGCCAUUUCUAUUGCAAAUGCGGUCGUUACAGCUGCGCGGGCGCCUCACCUGGCUACAGGCUGUAUUCCGAACGUUUAAAGUCGUGUUUGGUGCUUUCAAUUUAGUGAUGCAAUUCUUUAUAAAAGAAUAAGAAUAGUACUCUAGAAUCUGAUAUGUAAACGUGUUCACACUGCCAUUUCUAUUGCAAAUGCGGUCGUUACAGCUGCGCGGGCGCCUCACCUGGCUACAGGCUGUAUUCCGAACGCUUAAAGUCGUGUUUGGUGCUUUUAAUUUAGUGAUGCAGUUCUUUAUUGAAGAAUUAGAAUAGUACUCUAGAAUCUGAUACGCAAACGUGGCACUGCCAUCUCUUCUGAAGAUGCGGUAAUUACAGCUGCGCGGGCGCCUCACCUGGCUACAGGCUCUAUUCCACGCGCUUAUAGUUGUGUUUGGUGCUGUCAAUUUAGUGAUGCAGUUCUUUAUUGAAGAAUUAGAAUAGUACUCUAGAAUCUGAUAUGUAAACGUGUACGCACUGCCAUUUCUAUUGCAAAUGCGGUCUUUACAGCUGCGCGGGCGCCUCACGUGGCUACAGGCUGUAUUCCGAAGGCAUUAAAGUCGUGUUUGGUGCUGUUAAUUUAGUGUUGCAGUUAUUUAUAGAAGAACAAGAAUAGUACUCAAAAAUCAGAUAUGUAAACGUGUUCGCACUGCUAUCUCUACUGCAGUUGCAGUCGUUAAAGCGACCAACAGUGGCACUCAACAGUGGCGCCAUCUAGUGAGAUAUAAAACGGUAGCCCUAAAUAAAUAAAAACAAGACAUUAAUAUAGAGCUGUAUAAAACACCGCACCGACUCCAUAAACUCUAUAAUUAUGGAAACCAUUCCUAAGACAUUACAAAGUUGUAUAUAGUAUAUUAUAGUAUAUAUGUAUGUAGUUACGAAAAAACUAUCUAGUCAUACGAAAAUUAAAUUAAACAAAGUACCUAGAUUUCAGGUAAAUUUACAUAAUUUAAGUACGAACAUCUUGCGGCCAUGUUAUUCAUAGUUAGAGAUAAAAUUAUCAUAAUCUAACAAAGCUUUGUAAUUUACACAUUUAUUUUAAUAAUAUAGGUUAGUUCUGAUAAGAUUAUCUCUUACCAAAGGUAGAUAGAAGCUAGAAAGAAAGCUACGGCCGUAACUAAUAUAAAACGUUAGAUUGUAGUAAAAAGAAAAAUUAACAAUGAUAUAUUUAUUUAAAAUAGAAGAAAAGACAUACAAUGUAACAGAAUAAUAAAAAUUAUAACAGAAAUAUGCUUUAUAUUUAAAAUCUUAAAUAACAUUGCACAUGUCAAAUUGUUAUCUCAGUGAAAAAAAUUAAGUAUUAUUAUAUUUUAUUAUCAGCAACAAUGUAACUGUAUUACAGAUAUUAAUUACUAGUUUUCAUGUAAAUUGUUAUCGAACGUGUAAUAAAAUUAUCUUGGAAUUAUAUAAUCUAUUGUUUAUUUUCCUGCAAAAUGGCCACGACUUCAUAUCAUUAUUUUUCAGUUGAAAUACAAUUAAUUAAUAGGGAUGAUUACUAUUUUUUUUCUUCGUUUAUCAGGUAGAUUAUCAAAAAGUAUUGGACACAUAUUUUUUCUUUUUUCACAUAAUAUAAACAUUGCAGAGAUAUAUUGAUUUGGAAAGUCGCAUGACGUCACGUUUUGGUACAAUUUUCACUUAAAAGUGACGUCACGAGCCCCUACUCCCAAACUUUGACGCGCUUUAUCUUCGUCAUUUUUUGGUUGAUUGCCCAAAGAAAAAAUACGUGUCCAUUAUUUUUUGAUCAUCUAACUGGCGGACUAAAUAGAAUUUAGUUUACUUUACCCCGUCAUCAAGUCUAUUAACUUAAUAUUUCAAUAAAUGCGCGUUCUCUUUCUCUUUUAGAAAAUUAUAAACAUACAACCCAGCAUGACCAAAGCAAUAUGUGUUACACACAUAUAUCACGUUUUUAGACGCGAAAAAAAAACGUACAUACGUAUAAGUAGGUACGGGGAUUGGAUUAUUGUUCUAAAAUAAAACAUGAAAAAAUCUACAGUAUAAUUGAUAACAGUUUAUUUUUUUAAUACAAUAUUCAUCAGUGAUAAGAAUUAUUUUAUUAGCCACAACUUUAACACGUGUCGCGACUGUGACAGUUGAUAUGGAUUUAAAAAAAAUGGCUGUAUGCUUAUACACAAUAUUGUGGACUUAACAGAACAUCAACAUAUCCAGACAUAUUACCUUCGUUUUAGGUAACACAAAGGUCGUAUACAAAAUAUAUAUUUUAUAAUGUUUCUCUUUGGGGUAGAAAAAUGAAAAAAUCUGUACAAUAAGAAAACACAUAUAAAGAAAGCUUUGGUUUAAAUCAUGAUUUUUAGUAGUUGAUUGAACUUGGUAAGUAAAUGUUCUUACAAACUAUCCAUGAACACUUAUUUGUGAAUGUUGUACGAAGCCUAGGCCUGCAUUCUCGUCAAAAAUAGCAGUUAAAAGUCAUAGAUAGAAAUUGAUUCAGAAAGUCAAAAUUAACAGCUUCAGUACAUUUGUAUAAAAUGUGACGCAAAAUAACUUUAUGUAACUACUUUUUUACUUAUAAUCGAACAAGUUACAUCGAGUCUGCAGGCCCUAGUGAUGUGGCCAAACCAUAGACAUAGAGAAUAGACUAAACACCCUAAAUAAGAACAAAAUCGUGGCCGAAACCUGUCCAAAAAGUACAUUGGACGAUCCACGGAGCUCCGUAAGGUGAUCGCGUAGUCAAAAACAAUAUAAGGCAUUAUUUAAACAUUCAAAGUCACCUUUAAUCUAUAGUAUAUAAGGGCUCUUAAUUUCAACGCAUGCGUCCCCCCGUCCCGAUAUAGGCCCCGAAGGCCCAAACACGCACUCGCAGUCACACACAAUAAAAUUACACGCGACCUCGCGGCCGUUCUGGCCGCCGAGCAGACAACACGCGCUAUAGAGCCCCCCCGCCCCCCCGACACUGAGAGGCCCGCUGCCGCUCAGUCCCCCUCCGUUUCGAGUGCACGUCUGAGUGCACCCGUCCAUUAGCGCAUUAUGCGUUAUUUUAAACUAUGUAAUAGUUUAAACUAGCGCAGCGCUGCAUUAUCCCCCUCUCAGGGGAUAAUCGCUUCAGAUGAAGCUUGUAAGGCCCUUCAGGCCAUAAGCAUGAUCUACGGGUGUGUUUUAGUCAGUAAGAGUCUGACAUAACCGGCUGUAAGGUAUCCAUGAGGAUUUCACACCCGCUCCCCCGCCUGGGAGGAAUCAAAAAAAAAAAAAAAAAACAACGCAUGCGUCAAAGAGUUAUGACAGUUCUAAAUGCAAGCUCAUAAAAUUUUACGACUUGUUGGUACAGGCGGAGGAAUAUAGACUUUAUUUCUUUGACUCUACGCGUAAUUCUGAAUGCGGUGUUAGCAAUAUUGCAUAAGAAACGGCUAUAUAAUCGACCAUGCAUUUGAAUAUCACAACUAUUUUCUAGUUUAUAGUAAUUAUUAAAACAAAAUUUGCUUUAAAUGCGUUAAAUUAACAAACGUUGAUUCGAUACCUAUCGAAAAAACGACACUAAUAAGUACAUUAUGUCAGUAUAAUUUUCGAUUUUUUCAAAGAGCUCUGAAGUAUCGUGACUUUUGAACGGUUUGCGAGUGACUGUGAACCAAGAAGUGCUUGAGUGAUGUUUAAGCACUUCUUGAUUCGGACACAUUAUUAGCGCAUGUGGUGUCUCUAGGGUUUUUAAUAUAGUUGAUUUCCUGUCCAAAUGUAAAGUAAGACAGAGAUAAGUCUCAAAGAGAAAGCGAUAUGCCGAUAGGUAAGUAAAUUAUCGAUUAAAUGCGAGGAUCAUUUAGUCCACUCUCUAUGGCUAUGAGCUAAAUUUAGAAGAGUCACAAAAAUAUUCCUUUAUUCUUUUUCAGUAGUGAUUGAAAUAUUUCCAAAGGCAUGAGCUACCAAGUACAUACAUCCUAGUCGUCAACAUUUUUCAUAAGAAUGCUGGAGUUACGCAUUCUUAAUUUUUAUCUUGAGAUUUUGACGCCAAAUAUAUCGAGCCAGUCUUCACUUCGCUUAGAUAAUUAUAGUAAGUACUACAAUAAUUUCAUUUUCGCCUAAAAAAUGGCACAUCUAUUACAAAUGCCUCACUGAUUGUGCAAAUGCGUAGACACUUGCGUUGCAAAACUGAGUGAUUGAUUUUUAUAAGACUUUAAUAUUUAAAUACAUUAAUCCAAAUAAAACUUUACUAUACUAUUACUCAAUGAACCUGUUUUUUAUUCCAUAAUAUGCGCGUUCUCAUUGCUUGUGAGUUAAAUACACAAAUUUUGCGUUACCCUUAAAACUAUAAAGUUAUCCUAUAGACUCGAUGCAAUGGCGCCAAACCCCCAUUUAAAUUACAAUUUCCAAGUCAUAUUUAUGUAAUAACGGUGGGAGCUUCGCGUCCCGUAUAUUUCUGCAGCUGCGAUAUUUGUAAAGCCACUUCUAUCAAUGGUCUCAACAUCACUUGUGCGUCGCCCAGUACGUCUGUAGCUUCGUAAGAGUCUAUGUAUAACCUGUUUGAAAAGUAAGCCGCGUAAGUAAUAGUUAUUGAUGAUAUAAGUGCGGUAAUUUGGUUAUUACAAAUGCGUAGACGAAUGUAAGCCCGAGACGAAGGCGAUGGUUUACCAUAAUCACGAGUUUCUAAAUACCAAUUGCGCAAGAAUGUCAUUAUAACAAUUUUGCAACACGUUUGCGAGAAAACAGUAUUUAACUAAAGUAAGGAAUUGAACUUUUUCUUAGAAGAAAAUGGCGCGCAUUUCCAAAUGGCGACACGAAAAUUAGAAGUACAUCUUUCGCCUCUUUUUCCUCUUUCGGUUUGUCCGAAGUUGCGCCUUGUAUGGGAGCGUGGGGCAAAAUGUUUUAUAACACAUUUGCUCGUAAAGCGUCUCUUAUUGCACCAAUUUCAAUAUCAUAAUCUAUCACAUUACACACGCGUGCGGUAAUGUAAACUAAAACGCCCGGCUUAUUAUGUUCCGUCUAAAAACGAACGAUACUUUUUUAAAUCUUAGCAAAGAGUUUUUAUGUCAGAAAGGUAGCCAACAUUUUAUUAAUAAAAUUAAGUUUGGAAGAUAAAAUAUAAUAGUUAAACAUUUAAUUCCUUAAUUUGAUUCAUUUUGACAAUAAAUUACAACCAUGUAUCGGUAACAAAUUCACAAAAACAUUAAUUUACGUUAUUUAGUAACACUGGCUGUUUUUCGUUCCUUUGCUUAAAAAAAGCGUUGAUGCGCGCGCAUCGCUAAUCUGUGAAAAAGUUAUUACUUUUUCUUUUCGCUGUAUUGUUUUUAUUUGAAAAUAUUGUCAAGUAGUAACGAAUUAUUAAUUUGACACCGCCAGAAGUCGAAAAAGGCUACGCUAAGCCUCUUGCCCGAAAAAUCCACGGAUAGAUACUUAGAGGCAAGCGUAUCAAAAUUUCAUCUUAUGGAAAACAAACAAAGGCGCAAAAUCAUUUUCAGAUAGUACGUACGUAGGUAGUAUUAUUUCCUCGCAAAUGAGUUAUAAAACGUCGUAUGACAUACGUGAGGUUUGAUAAUAUUUGGCUCGGGCUAACAAUAUCGCCUCGGCUGUAAUUCUCAACUUACCGCACUUAUAUCAUAAUGUACUAUUAGCGCACGCUCCGUCAUAUGGCCCGUAGUUUGGAACUCUCAAACAAUGUACACAACCUCCGUAAAUGCGUAUUUUGAAAAAUAGUGUUGAAAAAAAGUUAAAAUGAAAAUUAUUCACUAAAAACUCUUGUAAGUUUUAGUCUACAGUUAUUGACGUAGCCUUAGUUACGGAGGUAAUUAAGAUAAUAAUUAUGUUGUCCGACCUAACCGACCUAAUUAAGUUAUAGAUAUUUUAAAGAACAAUGAGGAGGAGCUCGAUGGCGCGGGUGGUUAGCGCAUUCGGCUACGAUCGUUAAAGUUAAGCAACUUUCGCAAUAGUCGGUCAUUGGAUGGGUGAUCGAAAAUCUUCUAUCUCGUGUUCCUCCGUGCUUCGGGAGGCACGUUAAGCCGUUGGUCCCG